UAUGUUACAAUUUGAUGACUAAUAAUCUUUCACAAUGGCUGCAUUCAAAGUCACCGAUUUAUUUUUGGGCGAAAAGAAUUUCCUCGAUUUUGUAGACAAAAAUUUAGGACAGGAACGAGAUCGUCUGCAACAAGAUGAGCUGGAGACAGAUACAGUUUGCAGUCACUUGGCUGGAGGAAUACUGGAUUAUCCCUUGAUGAUUUCCCAUGACUUUUCUGACAUUACGACAGCAAUUGAUAUUUACCUGGAUGCUUUUAUGAGAGAAACUAAGAAUAAAAUUCCCAAGCCUUACGCCUACGGUGUUUUUAAAAAAGACGUUACUAAAAAUGAUCGAAUAGGAAAAAUGCCGUUUCGCGGAGAUGAGCUCACUGUUAAACAGUUCAUCAAUGCUAUUUUGGCAGCUACUCCUAAAAUCCGGAGUCAUAUUAUUGCCUGCAUGGAUGAAGUCACGAGUACUGGCCGAUUAGAAAAUUUGUACGUAAUAACCAGUAACGCAAUUAUGAUAAGAAAUUACAUUUGGGUGUUUCUUGAGAUGUUGGAAGCAGAUAACAAGUCUAAGCUUAAAGCGGAAUACAAAAUUUUUUGCAAUUUGACGGAAAUUUUAAGCGAGCAAAUGCUACAAAUUUUUGGAAAUCUGUUGACAGCAUUCAUACUUCACGACGAACAAUCUCAGUGUUUCUCGAGCCAUCGACCGUAUUAUGAAGGUGAACGAGGAAGUCCUGUUGUGCCCAUGUGGAUGUAUUUCUUAAAAGGAAUGCAAAGAGACAUGUGGUCCAUUAUGCCUCCACAGCUUGCUCAAAGAAUUUUGGCCAUUAUCGUAAAUGAUUCUUUGGGUAUAUUGGGAACCCGCUACAUGAAUAUUAGACCCACUGAGGCUACAACUCCGCAAUAUGUUGUCGAUAUCCUGAAUGUGCUAUGUGGAGUAGAAGAGCUUCUGUUUUACAUAUCUCCAGAUUUGGCAAGCGUUUGUGGACAAAUGAAUCCUUCAAGCUCAAAAAUACUAUUUUCUAUACACAUGAAAUGCCACUGUUUAGCAUCGGCGUUACUGACAGUGGGCUGUCCGUUAGAAGUCCUUUACAAAAAUUUCAGACGUGGUCUAUCAUCGUGCAGUUUAAUGGACAGCCGAACUAAAUCUCAAACGCAUUUGACCGAACCAUCCUGGAUGUCUGUGAUUUCCCUACUCUGUCCAAGGUUUUAUCCAAGUGGAAUGGAAUAUUCUGACUGGGAUUUACUUUAUAACCUUAAAUUGUUAUGUGCCCUGCCUUCCAUCAACUUUCCCUUGGUAUAUAAGGUUGUAACAAUGCAUCAAGUUUUCAUUGGAUCGUUCAUACUCACGCUAUUUCCUAAAAUAUCUGCCCCUGUUGGAUAUUUCCUGCUUGAAGGGCAUGGAUUCAUUCGGUGUAACAAUACUUCCUGUAUGGAUCCAGACUGCCAUGGACUUCCGAAAACAUUACCAAAUCAUGUUGCGUCCGCGUGUGCCUUGUAUAUCAUUGCCCAUGGGUUGGCUUGGAAUGUCUUACCACAAGUAUAUCGGCCCGUUCUCUCAUUAAUAGAAGAUUGGAGUGUUAUGGACAAGACUCAAAUAUGGAAUUGCAAAAAGCGGCCGGUUUGGUUCCAAAGUUUAGUAGACUUGCUCCUACCUGUCUUGAAAACGUGCGUGCAGUCUUUGAUAUUAGUCAUAUCAGAGAAUGUGAACAAACCGUGUGGUAAGCACACUGUUACAUCAUCAGCAAAUCCCCCUUCACUUAUGAAAGAUAUCAACACGAAUGCUGAUGUCGCAACCUCUUCAUCUAAUCAGAAACCGUCCACUAGACGAGGCUCAGUCAGCACCGCUUUAAACGUUGGUCUUGACAAAGAAGAAGAGCUUCUAACCCAAUGGGUUAUAGAAUUGCUCAACAGCGUCACGGAAGUGAAUAGUAUAAUCCCCCGAGGAUUUUUCAUGGUUUGCGAAGAGAUGGAUGAUCUAAUUCCCAGAAAAUUUAUUCCAGUCAGGAAUAAUGUUCCAGUUCACUUUGUGAUUACGGCAUUGUACAUGCUUCUCAAUCUUGGAACCGGAAUUAUCACUUCAAUCAUUGAAGAAGAAGAAGUAAUCCUGCCGAAAAAUGAGUCUAAAGUCCCUCCUGCUAAAAACGAUAAAAAGAGUCGGUCGACUAAUAAGAGACAACCCUCUCCAGUUCCUUCUGUAUCAAAUCAUUUGGACCCUUGCUUGUUAUCUGUUGCUGAAAGGCUUUGCUACCUCGAUGAUCCUGUUUUUGACCAAGUUGUUCACAGGCUGAUCACUCAAAUGGAAUCAAUGAUGAAACACACAAAAGGAAACCACGACAAAACCACAAUUAGUUCUGACAUUAUGACCGAUUUUGCAAUGGAGUGCGACAUCUCUCACUUGAAGGCCGACUUUCUCAUGGAAAAUGUCGAAGGUCAAAUUGCACUGCGUGCCAUGUAUUGGUUUAUUCUGAGCCAUGGAACCAUGUUGCAAACCGUUAUUACUGGAACGAGAAAUAAGGAAGGUGUCAAAAGUGGAAAGAUUCACCCACCCGUUAAAUCUAAGGACAAGACUCCUUCCGUUCCUAAUUCCAAAUCGAUGCCUGAAGUAAUCAAACUCAACAUGAAUCUCCUAAAAAUCGCUCCACGGAUUCGUACUCAUUUUACCAAUGUUAAUAUUAUUCAUGAUUUCCACUACGUAAACAAGUAUAGGACUUUUGAUGAGAUUUUGUGGGACUCUAAGAACUUAGACUGGGUUCAAACAAUUCGCCAAUGUAAACUCGGUCUUCAUAAAUCAGUGAUUGCAAAAAUGUUGGAGAAACGGUGGGAGUUUAAACAAUCUACGGAGGAAGAAAUGCUUAGUUGCAAUGAUGAAAAGUCAAUUCACCUCUUAAAAAUGGUUAAUGAUAUAAAAGCAUUGAUUUUUCAAUGAAAAACAUUUUGAUCUAGUCGUUGCGCCAUGUCAAUAAAAUUAUUAGUCAUCAUAUACAGAAGAAUAAAUAGAUGCAAAAUAAAAAUGCAAGUGGUCAUUAUCAUUCCAGUUCAA